AUGGAAGGAGGUACAUUUGUAUCACAAAGUAAGUAUGCCAAGAACCUUGUCAAAAAGUUUGGCCUUGAGUCGGCUAAACAGGUAAGUUCUCCAAUGAGCACCACUUUGAAAUUAACAAAAGAUGAGCAUAGAGUGAAGGUUGACACUACUCUUUAUCGUAGUGUGAUUGGUAGUCUAUUGUAUUUGACUGCUAGUCAUCCUGAUAUCAAUUAUAGUGUGGGAGUUUGUGCUCAAUAUCAAAAUACUAAUUCUAAUUUGGCUUGUUUUAGUGAUGCGGAUUGGUCAGGCAAUGCUGAUGAUCGCAAGAGUACGAGUGGAGGUCAAGCCUGCCCCCUCACUGGCACCAUCUUUCAACCCUCAAAGUACUUUGAUGGAGAUUAUCCUAAGUACCCUAAAGCUUCUGUUGGUGCUACUGCUGCUGCUGGUGCAAGUUCCAGUUCUGCUCCUGCAGAUGUCCAGGAGGUCAAGCAGUAA